AUGACGAUCAGUUGUUUGCAUCCUGUUUUAAAAGUACCCAGUUCACUAAUUCCUGUUUCCUACGUGGCUGCUUCUUCUUUGUUGCAAAAUCUUCCAAAAGACCCAUGUAGAAUAUACUUCAUCAAAAAGACAAGACUUGGUGGUUGUAAGAGGAGAGAGGGGGUUAUUUGUGGCGCUGGUUUGAUGUUUCCAGUUGAUCCAUGGGCACCCAACAUUGAUUCACAGAGCAUUGCCUCUCAGCUUUUUGCUUUCUCUUUGUUUCCUUACCUUGGAUUCUUAUACUUCAUUACCAAAUCCAAGUCUGCUCCUAAGCUCACCCUCUUUGGUUUCUACUUCUUGCUUGCCUUUGUUGGGGCUACAACAAAGGUGCAUUAUGGUACUUCCUUGUCUAAUGUGGAUUGGCUGCAUGGCGGGGCUGAGUCACUUCUCACCCUAACCAACUUAUUCAUUGUCUUGGGACUAAGACAAGCUCUUAAGAAUGCAAGAGAUCCCAAAAAAAGUUCAUCAGAUUCUGUUCCAGCAAUCGAAGAGGAAAAGAAGUCUUCUGUUUAG